CCUCUGGAGACACUGCGGACGAAGUUUGAUUAAUGCUUGUGAUAAGGACUAAGACUUUUUUGUGAUGCCGGGCUACGACUUAAAGGUUAAUGGUGAGUACGCCCGGAUCGAGUCCCUCGAGUGCUCCUCAUGCAGACUGAUACUGAGAGACGCUAUACAAAAUGAAGAGGGACAGAGGUUCUGUAAGAGCUGCUGGGAAGAAGCAAUUUCCUCUAGUUCAAAAGCUCAAAGAUUGGGGAUUAAUCCAAAGGAAGAAAUAUACCCUGAUAUUGCUGUUAGAAGAGAGAUAGAUAGGCUCCCAGUUUUAUGUGAGAACUAUGAGAAUGGUUGUGAAUGGACUGGAAAGCUUAAGGACCAUGAGCAUGAUCACAAAGCUAUCUGUGAGUAUAAAACCAUGAGGUGUGCUCUUGGCUGCAGUAAGAGAAUUCCUCUUGGAAAAUUGAGAAAACAUGAAAAAGAAGAGUGUCCGUUUCGACAAGUCCGAUGUCAAUAUUGCAGAAGUGAAUUGUUAGCUAGAGACUAUAAUGAUCACCUUUUGAACUGUCCUAAUGCACCUUAUAUUUGUGGUCAUUGUCACACUGAAAUGCCAAGAAGUGAAAUGGAUAGUCACAUGUUACUUAAUAACUGCAGAAGACAAUUAUAUUGCUCUGGAUGGCAUCCACAGGUAAACUUAUAUAUUUUUAACGACCUGGGGGCGUAG